UUGCGACCGUCGCCUAAGUCAUUAUGUGUCGUAUACUGAUUAUCGUAUCAUAGUUUUAUCUUGUUACAAUCGCAACAAGACUGUAUUUGGAUGGUAUAUUCCAACAACUUUGCACACACAGUCGCAUACGUCAAAAGUACAUGCGCACCUACCAAACAUCAAAUUCGACGAGUUUCUUUCGUUGUAGCUGUAACGUUUCUCCGUGAUCUAAGGUUAUAUUUCUCGUAAAAAAGAAAAAAGAAGAAAAAUAUAUUAAAAUAGUGUUAAAUGAUUAAAUGGAAUCUCUUCCGAAGUGAAAAGUAAUCGUGAAAGCAUUUAUGUGAAAAAAAUAUAGGAUACCAACGAGUACUCUGUUAUGACACCGAAACAGUAUUGAAUAUUUGAUAAAAGUAUUGAUACAUCGAAUGAAUUGUUCCUUUUGUACUUAAUUAACAUCGAUCAUUGAACAAGGCCUUUUCAGAGAUUACAUUUCUCAAUUUUAAGGUUUUGAACAUAACGAAGAAAGUUUUUAUUCGCCGACGUUGUACACGUGUACCUGCGUUUGUGAAAGUUGAUUAAUUUUCACGAGAGAAAAAAGCUAAAAAACGGCGGCAGAAAGAGAAAAGAUUCGUCAACAAGGUCAUUUGACUUACUUAGACCCACUGUUGAUGAAUGACAAAAGACAAAAUAUGUUAAGCCAAAGGUUAAGUAAUAGAAGGUUAUUAGUUGACCUGCUUGCAUUGAUGUUUGGACUUGGUGCAUGGAUUGGUGUAAAUGGUAUCUAUGUUCAACUGCCACUCCUUGUGAAUAAUGCCCCAGAAGAAUGGAGACUUCCAGCACAUAUGGUUAUGUUAGUACAAUUUGCCAACUUGGGACCAAUACUUUACACAUUAUAUAUAAAAUAUAGUAAAUGGGCAUGUGAUAAAUAUAUUACAUAUGUCCUGUUAGCAGCAGGAGCAAUAUCCACAUUUGUAUUAGCCUUUGUGUAUAAGAAAACUACAGUAAUAUUUGGCAAUGAGCAUUCCACUGCUUUAUUGUCACUUAUGUUUGUAACUGCUGUUGUUGGAUGUACAAGUUCAGUUCUCUUUAUGCCAUACAUGAGGAACUACAGAGAAAUUUAUUUAGUGUCCUACCUUGUAGGAGAAGGACUUAGCGGAUUUGUACCAAGUGUGGUAGCAUUGAUCCAAGGUGUUGGUGGAAAUCCAGAAUGCUUAAACAGUACUACAGAGAAGUCUACUAAUGUAGAAUUUACACCAUAUUACCCAGAACCUAGAUUUUCAAGUCAGACCUUCUUCAUUUUUAUUGGUACUAUGUUAUUCUUAUGUUAUUUGUCCUUUUUGGCACUGAACAAUUUAUCUAUUGCCAUUGGAGAGCGUGUAAAGUAUACAGGAAGAACACAAACAGUACCAACAGAUACACGAGCACCUCCCAGUUAUAAGACCAGUUCUGAUUGGACAAUGUCUAAACAAGUGUAUUCAUAUUUAUUAAUUAUGAUGGCAGUGGUUUGUCUUCUAGGUAAUGGUAUGUUACCAAGUAUUCAAUCAUAUUCUUGUUUACCAUAUGGAAAUGUUGCAUAUCAUUUGACUGUUACGUUAUCAUCAAUGGCUGGUCCAUUGGCAAUGUGCUUAGGUUUUGUUAUUAAAACGCCAAAAAUGAAUUUUCUCACUGGUCUCACAAUCAUUCUUAUAGCACUUUCUACUUUUGUUUGCUUCUUAGCUAUUAAAUCACCCACACCACCUUUACAAUUCAGUUGGGUUGGUGAAUUCCUAGUAGUUGUAUCUUGGAUAUUAAUUAAUGGUUUGAUAGGGUUUAUAAAGUUGGGUAUUACAACAUUAUUUAGACCUGAUCCAGGCAGAGGUCUGUAUUAUACAGGUGUUGCAACUCAAGUUGGAUCAUUGUUAGGAGCAAUAAUUACAUUUGUUUUAGUUAAUCAUGCAAAAUUAUUUCAUUCUUAUUCACCAUGCUCAUCAACUCUAGUAAAUUGACA